UACAUCGGAAAAACCCCUUCACACUAACAAAAGAAAUAAACCUCACUUAAAGCGUCAAGAUCAUGUGAAACAUGAAAGUUGAUCUCGUGCUGGGCGCCGCAAAUCUUGAGAAUUACACUAUAGACUUCCAAGACCUAUCCACAUCAAUGUAUCUGACAGACAAUUACGUUAACAAAACCUUAGAGGUGAACGAGACGAGUAACGAUUUGGUCUAUUCGAAUCAGUUCCAAGAUGAACCGUUCAUAGUAUUUUUGGUGGUGUUGAAAUGUGUGAUCAUGCUGUUCAUAAUAAUAGCAGCGAUACUCGGGAAUUUGCUAGUGAUCGUGUCAGUGAUGAGACAUAGAAAGUUGAGGGUUAUAACGAACUAUUUUGUGGUGUCGCUAGCAUUUGCUGAUAUGCUAGUGGCCAUUUGGGCCAUGUGUUUCAACUUUAGCGUUGAAAUUACCAAUGGGAAAUGGCUGUUCGGAUAUUUCAUGUGUGACGUGUGGAACUCUCUCGAUGUUUACUUCUCAACAGCCUCUAUACUCCAUCUGUGCUGUAUCAGCGUUGAUAGGUACUACGCUAUCGUCCAACCCUUGGACUACCCUCUCAUCAUGACCACAGGAAAGCUUGGGAUCAUGUUGGCCGUAGUCUGGUGCAGUCCUGCGUUAGUUUCUUUCUUGCCAAUCUUCAUGGGUUGGUAUACUACGGAAGACCAUAUGGAGUUCAGAAAGAGAUACCCAAAAGUGUGCAGUUUUACAGUGAACAAAGUGUACGCAGUUAUAUCGAGUAGUGUCAGUUUUUGGAUUCCUGGUGUCAUAAUGUUGUUCAUGUACUAUAGGAUAUAUGUGGAAGCUGAUCGCCAGGAGAGGAUGUUGUAUAGGAGUAAAGUAGCAGCAUUACUUCUGGACAAGCACCUCCAAAUCAACGGGAUCUCCAUGGGGGAGGUGAUGAGGGAACGGCAGAGCAUUCAGAUGCAGCCGAUGGCGAGCAGCAAGAUGAAGAGGGAGAGGAAGGCUGCCAGGACCCUGGGCAUCAUCAUGUCGGCUUUCCUGGCGUGUUGGCUCCCGUUUUUUCUUUGGUACAUCAUCACAGCACUAUGUGGGGAUGCGUGCCCCUCUCCUCCGCCGGUGGUGGCCGCAGUCUUCUGGGUGGGUUACUUCAACUCGGCCCUGAACCCCCUCAUCUACGCCUACUUCAAUAGGGACUUCAGAGCCGCAUUCAGGAAGACCCUGGGCUCUUGUUGUAGGUCUAUAUGUGGAGAUUUCGGCCGACGAUGCUGCUUCCGCCCCCGUCGGGACCAUCACCACUCCAAUGCAUCAUCAGACAUCCACAUGAACAACUGCGUCAAGUCCACGUCUGCAGACCUCUUGAGAGCUCAUCAGGCGUCAUGCUCGCGUCCAGAAGAAAUCAUGUUAGAGACUUAAUUAACUGCAACUUUAAAUGCGACCUGUGAAAGUGUGUUUUGGGAUCUGUGAAUAUCUGUGCGUGUUUCGAGUUGCAUAUGCUUUGAGGACUAAGGUCCAUUUUAAAAGAGAUAUCUGUUAUUUUUAUU